AUGUCCUACGUGUGGGGAGAUAUGUAUGACCGCGUCGACAUUCUGGUCGAUGGUUGCAACUUCAAGAUCACCAAAAACCUCCACGACGCUCUCGAAAAUCUGAAAUCACCAACGUCAAUCAGAAUACUGUGGACCGACCAAGUGUGCAUCGAUCAAUACCACAACACGGAGAAACAGGAUCAAGUUCAUAUGAUGGACGAGAUCUACAAAGCAGCGGAUGGUGUCGUCGUGUACCUCGGUCAGUCCACGGAGCAAACUGAGAUAGACAUGCAGCAUCUGCAGUCGUUCAUGGAAAGAUAUGGCCAGAGAGAAGAGAGCCCAUGGUCACACAUCGCAAUUCCCGAGCUCGAACAGAGCGCACAAGAUUCGCUGGACCUGUGA